AUGUUAUUCUUCCUUUCAAUAUUCAUUGCACAAAUAUUUGUCCCUCCGCCACCUUACCAAACGAGCGUCGGUACCUACGAGAAAUCUACGGUCAAACAGAGGGGACGAGCAUUUACACAUAGGUGUGAGAGAUUGAGUGAGACGAUCAAUGAGAAGGAGCAGAUUUUUGUGACGAACGGGGACGAGGGGUCGCUCGGAGGAUUGAUUGUGAAGGAAAGAUUAUAG